AAAUUUUUUUCCAGUAUGUUGAAAUUGUCCAUAACUUUAUACAUCUCCUUUUUAUCUCCUUUCUACUAGCAUAGUUAAAUUUAAAGUUUGAAUGAUUCAUUUAAGCUUCAAAUUUAACUAUGGCAUAGCUAAAUUUCUACUAGCAUAGUCUAUGCUAGUAGAAAGAAGACAAUAAAAAGAUCUGAUACAAAUGUAUAAAAUUAUACAUAAUAUCGAUAAACUAGAAAAAAAGUUCGUUUUCUGAAAGUUAACAAUCAGAUAAGAGGUCACUGUUUUAGUAAGACAUCUGAUGUUAAAUAUUUAGGAUUCUUAGAUGUAAUAUUUGGUAUUAUUAGUCAAUAUAUUUAUAAGUUUUGAUUGCCAAUAUUUUGUAUGAGGUUUCCAAUCUAGUGAACAGUAUUCUUGUACUUUGAGUUUACUAUGAGCAUUGUACUGCUACGUGAAGAAGAUGACGAUGAUUACUACCACAAAUUGCUUUAUGCAAAUGGAUUUUUUGUGUGUUCCAUUCCUGUUCUUUGCUUUUCUUACUAUAACAUUGAAAAACUUGAAGAAUUUUUUCACAACUCAAGUGAAUAUUCAGCACUUGUCAUCACAAGCAAACAUGCUACUUAUGCUCUUGAAGUUGUGCUCAAAAAAAAUAACUUAAGUUUUUCUCUACCUCAAAAUUUUUAUAUAUAUGUUGUUGGAAAAUCAACUGAGCUGUAUCUUCAAAAACUUGGUUUAAGCUCACUUGGCUCUGAUUCUGGUAAUGCAGAUCAGCUGGCUGAUUAUAUUAUUAAAAGAAAAAUUUUUCACUUGAAACCAUUGAUGUUUGUAUGUGGAAAUUUAGCACGGGAAACAAUUCCUGACAAGUUAAGAAACUUUGGAUUGACUGUGGAAACAAUAUCUUGUUACAAAACAAUUGCUAAUGAUAACUUUCCUGAAAAGAUUUCACAAUUUAUUAAGCAGUACGAUAUUCCAAAUGUCAUAGUUUUUUUUAGUCCAUCAGGUGUUAAAUUUUAUUUUUCAGAAAUUUGUAAACUUUGUGCUGAUUUUGAAAGAACAAAAAUUUUGUCAAUUGGGCAACAUACAGCAGAUUGUAUUGUCAGUAUGAACAAAAAUGUUGAUGCAAUUGCUAAAAGACCUACACCUGACUCUUUAUUGGAAGCAAUACAAUCUGUAUUUGAUAUAUCGGGUGUAAUUAAAUUCUAAAGUGUGAGUGAUAGGUUAAUCAA